UGGGGGGAGGGCCGAGCGGGGCCGGGAGGGGAGGUUUGAGCUACACUGAGCUCGGGGCUCGCUGGCGGUGGUGGCCUCGGGGGUGGCGAGGGGAAGGCGAUACUCGCUUCGCGCUGCUUUCGUGCAGAGCGACCGGGAGGGCUUUGCAGCGGCCGCCGCCGCCGCCUCGGCGGGAGGAGGGGGCUGAGGUGGCUUCGGAGUUGGCCGGAGAAGGUGGGCAUUUCUCGCUUUUCCUCCCCCCUCUCCCGCUCUCCCUCCUCCCUCUUGCCCCGCACCCCACGUGAAGCGGAAUAUAAAGGGGGUGUGAGACUAGAGGGAAAGUGAAUGGUGAAGGACUGAAGGGGUCCCCCUUUCGGGUCCCCGGCGCCUCUGUUCACCCUCCUUCAUCCUCCCUUCCCGAAGCUCGCCCUCGAAGGCAGGAGCGGCCGGCGCCUUCAGCUGAGGAGGAGGAGGAAUCGCGCCGGGCGGAGCGUCAGGUCCGGCUUUCCUCUCCGGCGUCUCGAAUACAAAGAUUACGGUGCAGAAGGAAAUUGCACUCGCCUCCUCCGCCCCCCGGUACCUAACACAAUGCACCAGCCGCCUGAGUCCACCGCCGCCGCCGCGGCCGCGGCCGCUGCAGACAUUAGUGCUAGGAAGAUGGCGCACCCGGCACUGUUCCCUCGAAGGGGCAGCGGUAGUGGCAGCGCUUCUGCUCUCAAUGCAGCAGGUACCGGCGUUGGUAGCAGUGCCACAUCUUCCGAGGAUUUUCCGCCUCCUUCGUUGCUCCAGCCACCGCCUCCUGCAGCAUCUUCUACGUCGGGACCACAGCCUCCGCCUCCACAAAGCCUGAACCUCCUUUCACAGGCUCAGCUGCAGGCACAGCCUCUUGCACCAGGCGGAACUCAAAUGAAAAAGAAAAGUGGCUUCCAAAUAACUAGCGUUACUCCGGCUCAGAUCUCCGCCAGUAUCAGCUCUAACAACAGUAUAGCAGAGGACACUGAGAGCUAUGAUGAUCUGGAUGAAUCUCACACUGAAGAUCUCUCCUCUUCUGAGAUCCUUGAUGUAUCACUUUCCAGGGCUACUGACUUAGGGGAGCCUGAACGAAGCUCCUCAGAAGAGACUCUAAAUAACUUCCAGGAAGCCGAAACACCUGGGGCAGUCUCUCCCAAUCAGCCCCAUCUUCCUCAGCCUCAUUUGCCUCACCUUCCACAACAGAACGUUGUGAUCAAUGGGAAUGCUCAUCCACACCACCUCCAUCACCACCAUCACAUUCAUCAUGGGCACCACCUCCAACAUGGGCACCACCAUCCAUCUCAUGCUGCUGUGGCCAGUGCAUCCAUUCCUGGAGGGCCACCCUCAAGCCCAGUAUCCAGAAAACUCUCUACAACUGGAAGCUCUGACAGUGUUACACCAGUUGCACCAACUUCUGCUGUUUCAUCCAGUGGCUCACCUGCAUCUGUAAUGACUAAUAUCCGUGCUCCAAGUACUACAGGCGGUAUGGGUAUAAAUUCUGUUGCUGGCACUAAUACAAUGAAUAAUGUUACCAUUAGUGCUGUGAGUAGUUUUAAUCCUAACGUGACAAGCAGUGUAUUUGGCAAUGCUAAUAUAAAUACAAGCAAUAUUCCUAGUGCUGCUAGUAUGAGUGUUGGGCCUGGAGUUACUAGUGGUGUUAAUGUGAAUAUCUUGAGUGGCAUGGGCAAUGGUACUAGUACUUCCUCCACUGUUAACAGUGUCCCCAGUGCAGCUGCAGGGAUGACCAUGGGAUCUGUUUCAAGUCAGCAGCAGCAACCAACUGUUAACACAUCAAGGUUCAGAGUGGUGAAGUUAGAUUCUAGUUCUGAACCCUUUAAAAAAGGUAGAUGGACUUGCACUGAAUUCUAUGAAAAAGAAAAUGCUGUACCUGCUAUAGAAGGUGUGGUGAUAAAUAAGGCGGUGGAGACUAUAAAACAAAACCCGAUAGAAGUGACUUCUGAGAGGGAGAGCACUAGUGGGAGUUCAGUGAGCAGUAGUGUCAGCACACUGAGUCACUACACAGAGAGUGUGGGAAGUGGAGAGAUGGGAGCCUCUGCUGUGGUGGUGCAGCAGCAGCAGCAACCGGCUCUUCAAGGUGUGACCCUCCAACAGAUGGAUUUCGGUAGUACUGGUCCACAGAGUGUUCCUCAGUCACAGAUCUCACAAGUACAAUUACAGUCUCAAGAACUGAGCUAUCAGCAAAAGCAAGGUCUUCAACCAGUAUCUCUGCAAGCCACUAUCAGUGCUGCAUCUGGUAUCCAGCCAUCACCUGUAAAUGUGGUUGGUGUCACUUCAGCUUUAGGUCAGCAGCCUUCCCUCUCCAGUUUGGCUCAACCCCAACUGCCAUAUUCUCAGCCAGCUCCUCCAAUGCAAACUCCCCUUCCAGGGGCACCACCCCAGCAGUUACAGUAUGGACAGCAGCAACCAAUGGUUUCUACCCAGAUGGCCCCAGGCCAUGGUAAAUCAGUGACUCAGAAUCCUCCUUCAGAGUUUGUACAACAGAAGCCAAUUCUUCAAACAGCAGUGUCCUCCGGACAGCCCAGUUCUGCAGCAGUGGGAGUAGGAGCAACAGUGAUUCCUGUGGCUCAGCCACAGAGUAUCCAGCUGCCAGUGCAGCCCACAGCAGUUCCAGCACAACCUGCAGGGGCCUCUGGCCAGCCUGUUGGCCAGGCUCAGACAGCAGUGUCUGCUGUCCCUACAGGCAGUCAGAUUGCAAAUAUUGGUCAGCAAGCAAACAUACCUACUGCAGUGCAGCAGCCCUCUGCCCAAGUUCCACCUUCAGUUAUUCAGCAAGGUGCUCCUCCAUCUUCACAAGUAGUUCCACCUGCUCAAACUGGGAUUAUUCACCAGGGAAUUCAAAUUAGCGCUGCAAACCUUCCGCAACAAUUGGUUAUUGCACCCCAAAGUACCCUGUUAACUGUGCCUCCCCAGCCACAAGGAGUAGAGCCAGUAGCUCAAGGAGUUGUUUCACAGCAGUUGCCAGCAGUUAGUCCUUUGCCCUCUGCUAGUAGUAUUUCUGUUACAAAUCAGGUUAGUUCAGCUGGUCCUUCUGGAUUGCCUUCUGUCCCAACAAACUUGGUUCCACCACAGAAUAUAGCACAACCCCCUGCCACUCAAAAUGGUAAUUUGGUUCAAAGUGCUAGUCAACCUCCCUUGGUAGCAAGUAAUAUAAAUAUGCCGUUGGCACAACAGAUACCACUAAGUUCUGCUCAGUUCUCUGCACAAUCAUUAGCUCAGGCAAUUGGAAGCCAAAUUGAAGAUGCCAGGCACCCAGUGGAGCCCUCCUUAGUUUGCUUACCUCAGACUAUCAGUGGUGACAGUGGGGGAAUGUCAGCAGUUUCAGAUGGGAGUAGCAGCAGCCUAGCAGCCUCUGCUUCUCUUUUCCCGUUGAAGGUGCUACCGCUGACGACACCCCUGGUGGAUGGCGAGGAUGAAAGCUCUCUAUUUCAGUGCUUCUCUCCUACCAGAGGUGCAAGGAGUGAUCCUAGACCACAGAUACAGCCAAGACCACGGAGAGCUUUUGACGUCAGGGGUCCACUUUCUCCACUGAACCCUUGGAGGCAGAAUAUCCAGCUUCUGGAGAGAGUGGGAAAGGAUAAUAAACAAAUUUCUUUCAACUGGUAAAACAUCAUACUUCUUCAACAAAAGGAAUUCUUCUAGCAGAGCCUUCAUGGAUGAUCUCUCUCACACAUGCCAGCACCUGCAGUUUGGAAGGCAGUGGUGAAUGGAUCCAUGCAAUAUGUUUAGAAGACACAAGGAUGAGCGAGUCACCUGAUCUUGUCAUUUAUAAACUUUACUCUGGUUUACUCUUGGUCUGAAAAUGGGAAGGCUCAAAUAAUGAAAUAAUCUUUUCAUAUUGGAAUUUUACAUGGCCAUGAAAAUAUUCCUUUCUAUUCAGAAGACUGAAAUAGAGGAAGCUGGAGAAACUUCUUUCUUUUAAAAGCGGCUCUCUGUAUCUAUUUCACUUAAGAGAUUUGUGAGUUUGAAAAUCACCUUUAAAAAAGUAGGCGAACUUUUUUUUUUUUUUUAAAGUAGUAUAGGAAGUCCAAAACACUUAAUGAAAUAGUUUUUGUUGCCUGACACUAAGAGGAAAUAGUAAAUAAAGGGUGAAUUUUUUAAUAAUGCCACAAUUACUUUAAUAUUAUGGUAUAUUCUUGUAGCUCAUCUUUGCUUGUCUUUAGGCUUAUUUGUCAAAUCAAUAAAGAUUCUAAUAGAGAAGUAGGAGAGGUAUCUUUUGAGAUGAAAGUAGCUUGGUCUGUCUUUGAAGUAAUAAACACAUGUUAAACUUGAAGUAUUUUCUGCACUGAAGGCAUGAUUAUAAACUGUCACAAAGCAGUUUACAGAGCAAAGGUGGUUAGUAUUAUUAGAGUACUCCUGUGUGAAUAAGUGUUCCAGGAUAGUUACCCAAGCUAUCAAUUGAUAGAAGUAGCUAUCAAAGUGUUUCUUCUUCUGUCUUUGAUAUCUAUUAACUGGUCAGUCAAAAGCUAUUACAUUUUUAAAAGUCAACUGAUGCUGUCAGUUUAUUUCAUUUGGGAUAAGUUUUAAGAAUAGAAAUUCUAUAGUUAUUCUUAUGGAAGCACUAAAAUAUUUCAGGAGUAUCAAAGGUUUUACAACCCACAUUUGCUUUAAUAUAACCUGGCCUUUAGUCUUUCUUGGCUAUCUGUGAGUACUGCUUUUUUCCUUAUUAAUUAUAAAUAAAUUUUUGUUAGUACUUAAUAGUAAGUUUAAAGAUCAAUUUGAACUAAAAUUUCCCCCAGAGAGCUCUGAAUUCUUAAAAAUGAUACAGCUUUUUAUUCCUGACUUGUUUUUAUUGAAUGUUAAUAAGACAGUUGGUUUUAAAUACAUAAAUUAAAAACUAUUGAAUUCAGGGAAGUGAAAGUGAAUUUGCUCAGAAAUUAAGUUAGUUGAGUUCUUUGAAUCACAGUGCAAACCAGUUUAUGGUCUGUGAGAUUAUUAGCUCUUUGUUUCAACUUUGAAGAUGAAAAGUGAUUUAAUCUUUUAAUACUCAUGCUUUGAUUAAAUUAUAGCACUGUUCCUUAAAGUGUGCAAAAGAAAUGUAAGUGCAUUUCUAUUCAUCUUAUGCCACUAAACACUAUUUAAGUGAAAAUUUUUGUAUAUUAAUGUGAACUGAUUUGUUUAUUUAAACUUUUGAUGCUUUUUCCUUUCAGUUUUUAUAUUUGUCACAAUAUGCAGUCCUAUAUUUUUCAGUGUUUAUUUUAUGAAUAUUAAUACAAUAUACGUUUCUUUUUUAGAAUGAUUAAUUGUAUAAUAUUUGUAUUAUGUGACCAAUUGAAAACUAAUAAA